UAAUGACCACAUGAUGCUCAUGACACCGUGGUGAAACUGUCACCUGCCGCACAGCUCGUUUAGCUUCAUUCCAGGGUUCCAUAAUAGCUUCCUAACUUUGCCACGCUGGUGACACACAUCAGACACACAACGGCCCACGGACUCUCAUUUACCAAGACCAACGCAGCACAGACUUUUGAGUUUUUAGACUAAGUCUGAUAGUGUCUAUUUUAGUUUCGGCAACCAUAUGGUAGUCUCUCCGCGCACAUAAGUGCGUGAACUCGCACCACUUUGGUUGCAACCAUUAGCUUUCACAAUAGGGGUAUUUCGGUUUUGUGAGAUUUUCAAAACUGCAUAUAAUCUGAUAAAUGUAGUAUUUUAUGCAUAAAACUUUAAAUUAUGGAUUAAUGACAACUGUUUUAUAAAACAUAUAACAAUAAAAAAGCAGUGACUAAUUUGUAACAUUUUCCAAAUUAACACCGUCCCCUACUGUGUGGUUUCGCGUUUACAGGAAGAGUUCUUGUUUACAGCACAGCUUUCGCUCCACGUUAGCAUCGUUGAUUUGACCAGAAGGGACUCGGGAUUUAUCUUGUGUUUUUGUAAAUAACAGUUUUGUAAUUUUGUAAAAUCAUUCAAAGACACUUUUGCGCCACAUCGAAAUUAGUAUGAUCGUUGGGAAGCGAAGGUGCUGCCGACUACUGUAGCAAUGACAAGCUGGCUAACAUAGAGCCGAGGUUAGCCAGCUAGGUAACUAAUAACACUAGCUAACCUCUCACAUAGCAGCGGCGCAUCCAAUACAGUGAAUCAGGUUCAGGAACGAGCGCGAUCAUGGGUGCGGAGAGCAGCGCGGUGCGGAGCUGUACUCUGGAGGAGCCACUCUUGACCCUGCCCUCCGGGCUCACAAUGUACUCGUCGAUGCUUCAGGAUGGAAAGCCCGCUUCCGUGUUUGUUCACAAGCGGGGCAAUGAGGACAAAGUCAACAAAGCUGCCAAGCACCUGAAGACCUUGAGGCAUCCAUGUCUACUGCGCUUCCUGUCCUGCUCGGUGCAGGAUGGCGGCAUCCACCUGGUGACGGAGCGCGUGCAGCCCCUGGAACUGCUGCUGGACAGCCUCUCGCCAGAAGAAAUCUGCGCAGGCAUCUAUGACCUCCUGCAGGCGCUUGUCUUCCUGCAUGAAAGAGGCAAAUCAAGCCACAACAACGUCUGCAUUUCGUCUGUAUUUGUCAGUGAAGAUGGUCAUUGGAAACUGGGAGGAAUGGAGACUGUCUGCAAGUUCUCGGAAGCAACACCAGAGUUUCUCACAAGCGUUCAGAAUGCGAGAGAGGCCAGCUGCAUUCCUCCGGAAGAGCAGGUGGAGGGCUUUAAAAUGCUUCCAGAGAAAAAUGCUCACUCUCGAGACUGUUACUCUUUUGGCAUGAUGGUGGAGACUCUCAUCUCUCUCCUGAAUGGCUAUGUGUCACAGGAGCUGUCCGACAGCCUGAAGAAGACCCUGCAGGCGGGCCUGCUGAACUCGGACCCCUUGUCUAGACCUCCACUCAGCUCUCUGCUGACUCAUGACUUUUUCAGGAAUGACUUUCUGGAAGUGAUGAAUUUUCUGAAGAGCCUGACUUUGAAGACAGAAGAUGAAAAGAAUGAAUUCUUUAAGUUUCUUCUAGACCGGGUCCAAAGUCUCCCUGAAGAGCUUGUUGCUGCACGUCUUGUCCCCAAACUUCUCAACUCCCUUGUUUUUGCAGAACCCAUGGCAGUCAAAAGCUUCCUGCCUCAUCUUCUAAGGCCAAAAACUGAUUCCAGCGGUGGUGGUGGUAGUGGUGAAGAGUGCCUGCUGUCUGUGUCCCUUUACCGUAAACAUGUUAUUCCUCAGCUUCUCAAGCUCUUCAAGGUCAAUGAGGAACACGUCCGGAUUGUGUUGCUGGCUCAUAUCCACAUUUAUGCUGAGUUCUUCUCUGACGAUGAGCUCAAAAACCAGAUCCUACCUCAGGUUUUGUUAGGAAUGAGAGACACCAGUGAUUCUCUAGUUGCCAUGACGCUGCAGAGUCUAGCAGUGUUGGUGCCCUUGCUGGGGGCUCAAGUGGUGGUUGGUGGAGAGAGAACCAAGGUCUUUAAACGCACCACACCUAACUUCACCAAGUCUACAGAUGUUACCCCUGAAACUUCACCUGUCCACAUAGUUGGAGGCUCCCACCCUCAGAUGGCUCAGCCUUCGAAAGUCUUAAGUUUGUUCCCUAGACCGUCUGGGACUGAAGGCCUGGUCCUAGGUCACAUGAGUAGCUUAGCAGGUAGUAAGGAAACCCCGAGAAAGUACCCUCUGGCAUCAAAAUCAGAUGUCAGUAGAGAGAUGUCUCUACCUUUGAAUGGUUUUCAUCAGGACCAUGAGAUGGAGCCACUGUCAUACAGUCCAGAGCGGACUGACAGACUAGAAGGCCCAGUGGAAGACUGGCCUGACUGGAGUGACCCUGAAGAGAGCGAGAACAGAGAUGGACAGUCAGUCCAGAUCCACAUUCGGGCCUCAGAGAGGGAAGAUCCAGUAGGCAGCAGACUGCCACUCUCACAUGCGAACGUGGAAGAGGACCCGUGGGAUGACUUCGAGGACACUGAACCUACCUCGGAUCUCUCCCCUACUGCACCUUUAUCAGACCCUGUUAUACUCACACCACCCAGAGGAGGCACUACCACACCUGUAAAACAUGCUCACGAAGCACUGAGACUGGGUUCCUCCAAGCCUCUCAAACUGACAUCAGCACUGCAACAACCCAAACAGAGUAAGACCACCUCCUCACUGGACAAUGGCUGGGCUCAAGAAGAGAGAGACUCUGAUAAAACACACUACCCAUUAAAUCCCAAGCCCAAACCAGUGCCACAAAAGAAUAGCGGAAUGGGAGGUCUGGGUGAGGAGUUCACCAUUAAGGUGAAGAAAAAAACAGAGCAAGACCCAGAGCUGGAUUUGUUUGCAGACAUGGUACCAGACAUCAAACUGUCCUCUCCUACUCUGCUGCCGAUGGACAAGAGCAGCACGAGUGAUGCUGGACUGUCCAGAGCCCCUUCAGAAAACACUAAUUCUCUGCAGGUUGAUUCAGCCGUCGAUACUGUAACACUCACUGCCAAGUUCGCAGCUGCCAACCUAACUGAGACGGAAACAGAUGGCUGGGGAGACGGAGAUGACCUGAACUGGGAGGACGAGAGUGCCUGGUGAUGACCUUUGAUCCGUCUCCUUCCAUGGGAGCAAUAGACUUGACCACUUGAAGAUGCACUGUCUCUCUUAGGACAGCAUGAUGCAGUGAGAACAAUAAUAACGGGAUGUGACUUUUUUUUAAUCUUACUGUUAGCUCCCUGUUGUUCAUUAAGGUAAACUGUGUUGAACUGGAAGGAUUGAAAGCAUAUGAGAAGAUGCUGGACUUGGACAAAUGAAGCCAUUCUUAAUUUUUUUUUUCUUUUUUUUGCCAACUGAGAGUUAUGUCAAGAUGAAGGGAUCUUAAUCAGGUGAAUCCCAUCCCAUUUUCAUCUAUUUCUCUUAUGUUUUUUUUUUUUAAAUUGUGCCAUCUUCGCUACUGGCAUGGAGAUCAAGGUACACUUUUUGAUGAGACAGCUUGUCUGAAAUGUGUCAGAUUUGAUUUACAGAAGGCUUGCACUUUGAAUGAAUGUGAAAUUGCAUAAUUUAUUAGUAGCUUUUUGGUUGCUGGUGAAGUAAAGAUUUUCCUGUAUCAAA